CAUAAAUAUUUUUUUGUCUGCCUGGACUGGGUUAAAUUAUUUUGUAAACAAAAUUCAAAAUUAUGGUAAUAUGCCGAUAAAAGCGCAGCUGAGACUUGGCUGUAGCAAAUUGGCACUUGGCCAUAAAUUUCUAUUGCAGCGUAGAUUGACCACUAGUCCAGGUGGUUCAGUCGAACCUUUACGCGGAGUUCUUGGCUGCAAAUAUCGAUCAUGCCCUACGGUAUGCGCGUCUCACAUGUCCCGACGUUUCUAUGCCGAUCCCCCAUCAGUGCAGAAAGAUAGCUUGGAUGGCCCCAAAUGGAGUACUUUCGAUAUUAAAUUGGAUAUACAACAAUGUGAGGAUAAGCCGGAGGAAUUAUCAUUGCCAGCGCUCGUUUAUCUAUAUGGACCAUGGAAACUAUUAAGUACCAAAUGGAAUUUCUGGAAAUUAAAGUUUCUUUGGGACUUGAGUUUCGUCGAGUCCAAGUUCAUGGAGAACUCUAAGCAAGCUGCAGUGGUGCUUACCGAUAUGAUACGUCAUCACACUAAAACUCGCAUCGAACGUUGUACCACACCCAUGGGUUUUAAGCAGAUCAAUCAUGAUCUCUUCCACGAUUGGCGAAUCCAAUUGAUGCGUUUCGAUCAAUGUCACAUUCGUCGUUGCAUUCCAUUGAAAGUGCAAUUACUGCGUCACUACGAUCACAAAUUCGCUUUCAUUGACGUCAUCUUUGUGGCUUUGCGUCGCACAGAUGAUUUCCGGUCGUCGCAAGAGCAAUGUGAAAUCGAAUCGUUAAUCGAUAUCUAUGCAAAUCACAUAAAAUAUAAAGAAGAAGCUCCUUUGAUAUUUUCAGAGAUCUUUGUGCGUUUCCGACGUGAUUACUCGAUGGACAAGAAUCGCUCUGGUGGCCAAUGGCUGGUGUCUUCUUAUAAAAUUCUACAAUUCGAUAUAGUUCAAUAUCAUCCGGAAUAUGAGAUUCCCGCUACGGUUCAUUCUGAGUUACCUACCAAUGAUGAUUGUAUACCUUGAGAAAUAUAUUUCUAGAAAUGUUGAAAUUCUA